AGACUUUUUUUGUUAGACACGUUUCGUCAUGGGCUGGACUCGAACCCCUCACGUUGAGAUCUACGAUCUUAUUCGAAACAUGCGCUCUAACCGACUGAGCUACGCUGCCUACGCUGUAUUAUUGCAAUACAUUUCCACAAAAUAUCGUCAGGAUUAAUCAUGUUAAUGGUAACGUUUGGGUAAGCUUUUUGAAAACCCCUAGAUCGCCUCUUGGUUUUCGGCACAUCGACAUUGUAUUUCCUCACUCCGCCAUGCCAACUGGUUAACGGCAUUUGUUAGGUACGUCCCUAGUCAGGAUAUAGGCGCAAAUUACGUGCCGAUAUUAUCAGCAUGCAUAAAGUGCGUUGUAGGGCUAUUCCCAAGGUCUGUCUAUGCAGAUGAUCAUGAAGGCAUAAAUAAGCAGGGAAAUUGGAAACAAUUGAAUACAUUAUAUCAGGGACGUGAGAAAGAAAGGACGAACUUAACUGUACCAAGAAGAGCACAGCCCUCGGACAUGGAACCAGUGAAAGGCUUGCUUGAUCGUCUUAAAGAUGGAGAAACAGUUCUCUGUGCCGAGGGCUAUGUCAUGGACUUUGAGCGACAGGGCUAUAUAAAAUCCGGUCCAUUUGUCCCGGAAGUUGUCAUUGAUCACCCGGAACUCGUUCGUCAGAAGUACCGCGAUUUCGUCAACGCGGGAAGCGAUGUAGUCCCAGCUUUGACGUAUUACGCAUCCCGUAAAAAACUAUCUGACGUCGAUCGCGAAGAUGAAGUAGAGUUGACUAAUCGUCUCGCUUUGAAGAUGGCCCGUGAAGUAGCUAAUGAGACGGGUACUUUGAUGUGUGGUGAUAUCUCCAAUACAGGUGAUUGGGAUCCAACCGAUGAAACUACACAGAAAGCUGUCAAAGCCAUGUUUAAGGAACAAGUCGAAUGGGCGGUAGAAGAGGGAGCCAAUUACAUCAUAGCAGAGACCUUUAGUAUCUUUCAUGAAGCCUUAGCUGCAUUAACUUCUAUUAAAGAGUAUGGAAAAGGUCUCCCGGCAGUAGUGACAGUCGCACCACGGCAUAUGGGGAACGGUGAAGUCGCAUUCGUGGAUGGUGUUGGACUUUUAGAUGGACUCAGGCAACUCGAAGCGGCAGGAGCAGCCGUUGUCGGCUUCAACUGUUCCUAUGGACCUUCCGGCAUGGUGGAUCUUAUUCAACGGGCACAGAAGGCAGGGCUAAAGGUUAAUAUCUAGUCAAGUUUGAGGUCCAUUCAGCAAUGGACAUUUAUGGUUAUUUCCUAUACACAGGGCCGUAGCUAGAGGGGGGGUAUGGGGGGGUGUGACACCCCCCCCAACAUUCGUGGCAGUCGGCAAAAUCAUGUACCAGUUGGCAAAAUGGAGGAUAGGGGAGAAAAAGAAAGAAAGAAAGAGAGAGAGAGGGGGGAAAGAGAG